ACAUGAACAUCCUUCUCAGUCGACAUUCACACCUUAAAUUUAAUGAAACAAAUAAGAAUUAACAGGAACAGUGUAUCUGAUUGUUAUUGUAGGUAUGUCUAAGCAAUAGGUUAAAAACUGUUUAACUAGUAAAUCUGUAUAAUAACCCAUACUUGUAGUUAUAAUAUACAUAUAUAUAUAUAUAUGUACUAGCUGUAAAUCUAGGGAAGAGCGGUGCCUCCCAACACAAGCAUUGUUUUGCUUACCGGGCGGCUCCAUCCCCUGCAUCACAAAAAUGUAUAUUAUUAAGCAAUAAAGAAUUUUGUAUUUGUAUUUUUGUAUAUUCAACCAAAUUCAACUUAAACAUGAAGAUGUCAUGGUUGCUAAAUAAAUUAAUAGUUUAAAAAACACUAGAAAACCACGCUUUUUUAAAUGCACGUAAUGGCUCCUCUACACGAUGGCCCAGCGUAGGCCAGUCCUAGGGACGCAUUUAUGCGUUAGAGGUAAGGUCCGACCGAGAUCUCGGUCUCGGCAUUCUCGGCCAAAAUGGGCCGAGAUUCUUGCCGAGACCGAGACUAGGCAAUGAUUUAUCAUUGGUGAAUUUGAAUUUUCCGCGCACGAGCGCCGGGGUCUAAGUCACCCGUUGAUUGCAUCGCCCGGUUGGUGUGACGUUUUUUGUGAUUUUGAUUGGUUUCGUACCAACAUUUAAAGCCAAUUACUUAUCAAAUACUAAGUGUUGGGAUGGGAUAGGCGCGGUUGCAAGUAAUGACUUGAUCAUUUGGGUCUUUUCGUUUUGUGGUUGUUGUUAUUGAUUAAUAAAUGAGUGUAUAUCGUAAUGGAUGUAACUUCGAUGAACUUGUUGUGAGUGGAAGAUGACACUGGAUAUUUUGAUAUAUAUUUGUGUUAACGGGAAAAAGCAAACAGUAGGUAAAUACAAAACGACACCUGUGGCGGAUAUUUUGGGUUACAAUAUAGAACUCUUUAUUUUGAAUUUUGUUAUUCGUACCUCUUUUUGUGCAUAUCCGUACUGAAAAAACCAGCCAAGUGCGUGUCGGACCACGCAUAAUGGAAGGUUCCGUACCUUCAUACAAUACAAAAAAGCCGUACAAGCAAAAGAGCGUAUAUUAGUGGCACUUUCGUUAUUUUAAUAAGAAGAUCAGUUUUUUUAUUACUCUUAAAUGGCUUAACCGACCAUAUUCAAAAUAAUUUUCCUGAAAAAUUAUUUGCUUAUUAAGCUUUAUUAUUGAGAUAUUUUUAAAUGGUUUUGCUCUCCCGGUUCGAAAGUUAGUGGAGAUCACACUAUUUUUUAGGGAGCAAUUAUUUCUAAAAGUAUUUACUUAAUCAAUAAAACUUUUUUAGCAAGCUUUAUGUCCUGGCAGAAUAUCAGUGCCUCUCCCAUAGGGUGAAGCGUAAUACUGAGCCAGAACCCUUUUGUUUUGCUGCGACGCACACAACAUUUCCUAUAUGUAUGUAACAGUAUUAUUUAAAUGUAUUUUUUUUCUUUCUACUUCUAUUUUGUAUAAAUGUGUAUUUCUCUCGUAUAAUUUUGUAUUAUCUGUUUUUUUGUCAUUUUAUUAAUUGUAUUUCCUGUGUGUAUUGUGGCAAACAAAUAAACGGAUUAUCUAUCUAUCUAUCUUAUGUACUUUUAAAGACCUAUCUAAUGAUGUGCCACGUGAUUUUUUUAAGUAUUAGUUACAUUUAUAUGGAGUAUAUAUUUGAAAAUAUAUUUUACAAUUUUUUUUCGAAACUAAGAAGCGACUUACAUAAUACAUCUACACCUAUGUUCCAAAUUUGGUUAUAAAAUAUAUCAUAUAUUUUUUGAGUAAAAUGGCUGUGACAUACGCACAGACCGACAGACAUAAGGACAUGACGAAUCUAUAAUCGUUCCAUUUUUGCCAUUUUGGCUACGGAACCCUUAACUAUAUUCUGAUAAAUCGUCGAAUUUCGAUUAUAAAAACAUUUAUAGUGUAAAAUACGUCUUUUUUUGCUAUUUUAUAAAUACUCGGUCUCGGUCUCGGCCGAGAACCCCAUUGAAUCUCGGUCUCGGUCUCGGUCUCGGCCGAGACAAAAAAAGCGUUCUCGGUCGGACCUUAGUUAGAGGGAGCAAAUAAUAUUGCUAUCUCAUUUCACCGCAUAACUGCGUCCCUUAGACUGGCCUAGGCUGGGCCAUUGUGUAGAGGAGCCUUAAAAAAUUGAAACCUGAUCGUGUUCAAAGUCCAUUACGCGACCUUUUUCACAAGUGCAAAAACCGACAAAACCGGAUUUUUUUACUGUAACCAAAACUGACAGCUACGACACUAACGUCACUAAACUAACCUAAAAAUCCUACAAUUAUUCACUGAAAAGAUAAUAACAUGUAAAUUAAAUAUUAUAACUAAAAAAGAAAAAUGUCGCGUAUCAUUAACUACGGCAUUAAACACUUAUGCGCUGCUACUAAAGGAAUUCAUCUUCACAAUCGAGGUCCACUUGUGCACAAUGUAAGCCGAAGUAGCAGCAGUACUCCUCCAAGUACUGAAUCCUUUAUUAAUAAUAUGACCGAUUGGGAGACUUUAAGUAAAAAGAAAAAGAUAAGUAAAGCUAUGAAAUCUUAUUUAGAGAGAGCUCAGGCACAUGACGAGUUCAUGAAAAGGCAGGAAUUCGAGUAUAAAAUAGGCAAAAGACAUCUUGCUAAUAUGAUGGGUGAAGACCCCGAAACUUUUACUCAAAAAGAUGUGGACAGAGCCAUUGAGUACUUGUUCCCUAGUGGUAUCUAUGAUAGAGCCGCUCGGCCUUUGAUGAAGCCUCCAGAAGAAGUUUUUCCAGCACGAAAGGCUGCAGAGUUUGAUGAAGCUGGCAGGCCACACCACUUUUUAUUUUACACCGGCAAGCCAAAUUACUACAAGCUACUGUAUGAUGCGGUUGAGAGCAUACAAGACCUGUACAAGUUUGAGGAUAGAGUGAUCAGGAAGCAAGCUACACCUGACCCUAAUGGCUCCAUGAACCUUGUCAGCAGUGUAUGGUUGAAAAAAGAGCAACUGGAGCAGAUGCUGGUUGAAGGACUCUCAGACCUUGAAUAUGACAAUUUUCUGCUAGUUAUGGAGAGGCUCGUUUCUUUACCUAACUCGUACAGACAAAAAGAAUUUAUUGAAAAAUACCGUAAGCCACUAGUGUCUCAAAAAUUUGCCUUAGAGAUCCCAAAACCUGCUUAUGAUGCUAAAGGCAGAGCCUUUGUUACAACAUAUGAAUGCUUAAGAAAAAAAGCAAGAGGCGAUGUCACUAUAAGGUCACCGGGAACAGGUAAAAUUACAAUAAAUGGAAAAGAUUUAACUUAUUUUGAGGACAUACAGCCUAGGGAACAGGUUAUGUUUCCUUUAGUAUUCACAGGGCUCCAGGACCGUGUGGAUGUGGAAUGUAAUGUUGAGGGUGGGGGUACUUCAGGCCAGUCAGGAGCAAUCAGGUGGGGGAUUGCAUGGGGUCUCCGCAGCUUUGUGGACAAAGACAUGUUGGAGAAGAUGCAGGUGGCAGGCCUACUGACGCGUGACCAUCGCCGCCGUGAGCGCAAGAAGCCUGGGCAGCCAGGAGCUAGGAAAAAGCCUACUUGGAAGAGGCGUUAAUUUGUUUUAGAUUUAAAUAAAAAUAGUAUGAGUAAAUGUAACUUUAUUACAA